GGCUGCACCAAGAAGUCCCCCACAUCGCCUCAUAAACUGCCUGACGGGCGUUUCUUUGCCCACACAUGUUGUCCUGCUUCCUGUACGUCCAAGAACCCUGCGUACAAAAUGUCCUCGCCUAAGUCGCGGUCCAGCUGGAAAGAUUACCUUGGCAGACGCGACUUUAGAUUCUCACUACCAGCGCGCGUAAGAACGCUAAGACCAUUUCAGAAGAACAGCGCCCAAUUGCGCCGCCCAGACAUGCUGCAAACUUGGAGUCAAUGGGCAGCUCAGAAGCUGAGGCGAAAUGCCCCCGAAGCUGUUCUCGUCCAUGAAGUCGACCUCUUUCCCGGCUGGGCCACUAAGUGCCCCCGAGGCUUGGAACCUGACCAGCUCGACCCAUUCGACAUCGCAGUGCACAUUUCUGGAAUUGCUACCUCUCGGCGCACUCCUGAACUACUCACUCCCCCCCAGCGGACAUUUCUUAGACUCGCCAAGACAUUUGCUUCCCUCCCAAAGGUGCAGCUAUAUCCGACAAACCAAUUUUUAGAAGACGGGGGUCUAAAGCUCCCGCCUCGACCUCACGAGAUUUCUGAUGACUUCGAAAUCGGAGACCUCGAUCGUCGGUUUAUUGAUAGUCUAAACCAGACAGACGUGCCGCCAUCCGACUCAACACAAUUCUUUUCUGCGCUGUCCUCAGCUGAAGUCUAUACACCCGCUCAGCUGAAGCGGCUGCAUGACAAUCUAGAGUCCCGUUUGCGACCAUUCUGGGCUUCUCCACUGUCUUCGGUGCCUGUGCAGGUGUCUAUCUUUUCCCCUCCUGCAAAUCCCGGCGCUGGUCGGUGCCUCCACUCCCGCCAACCAAUUACAACGUAUGAAGUCCGCCCUGGACCAGAUGGGUUCUUUGCGAGUACAAUCACAAUUCCUUGGGAAGACGUUCGUUCCCAUCCCGUUGCUUCCCACAUCGCCAGUGACAAGAUCACGCUGGAGCACGAGCUUCUAGUAGAAGCAAGGGUCGUAGGCCCUGAACACUCGCACACAACACGUGCGCCACGAGCUGCACUAGGGUGGAUCCCGAUCACGCACUCAACUUUACGCGUAAUUUCUGAUAUCGAUGACACGGUCAAAUUGUCCAGGGUCAUCGAUGGCGCCCGAGCGGCAUUCCACAAUGUGUUCGCCAAAGAUCUGGAAGAAACAGUAAUUCCUGAGAUGGCAGAAUGGUAUAGAGCAUUGUGGAGCCACGGAGUUAGGUUUCAUUAUGUGUCCAACUCUCCAUUCGAGCUUCUGCAAGUUAUGAGACAGUUUAUUAAGAUUUCUGGGCUUCCACCAGGCUCUAUCCGGCUACGCUCGUAUACCGGCAAAUCACUGUUCAAUGGCCUCCUGUCAGCCCCUGCUACCAGAAAAAGGGCCAACGUGGUUGAAGUCCUGGAUCAUUUUCCACAGUCAAGGUUCAUUCUCGUAGGAGAUUCUGGAGAACAGGACUUGGAAUUGUACGCCAGGCUAGCUUUUGAGCGCCCGGCACAGAUCGUGGGCGUGUUUAUCCGGGACGUGACUGCCGCAGGACUGCAGGACCCAACAGGCACACAGGCAGAAGAUGUUCUCACGGAUCUACCUAGGUCGCCGAAGAGAGGGAGUACUGUACUGCCGCCAGCCACCUCAUCAGUCCCGGGACGCUCGGUCACCAUUGACAACUUCCGCACGGGAUCCGCGCCACUCCCCCAACCAUCACGGAAGUCAACUUUUUUCCCGUCAUCAUUUCCGUCAUCAUUUUCGUCGGUGGUUUCAUCCCCGAAGCUGACCGGGGAUGAUAUUUCACGUGAAUCUCUCGAUUCGUCGGCUUCAGGCUCGUUCUCCCUGAGAUCGUCGACGUCCUUGAGUUCCAACUCGUUGCGGCUAACCAGACGGGGUACGAUGCCUAUCACAGAUGGAGAGAAAAAGCGGUGGGAUCUACAGAAUAGGGUAUAUCGGGCACGGCUGUCGAUACCGAAGCAUAUUCCAUUUAGGGUUUUUGAACACCCUAGGGAGUGCGUGGAAGUGGAGCAGAUUACGGACUUGCUUGAGGUUGGUCCGCGUUCUGCGCGAUAGGUGUACCACUGCAUAUCACGUACAUACGAUUGUUGUACUUCGCUGCAUAGUGUUCACGG